GUGUGGUGAACCUGUAAAGAGCAAGACAGGCAGAAGCCGACUUUUUUAAUUAUUUGAUUCCUUUUAUUUCUUCAGUUAUUUUCCUUUAAUUUGAGGCAUUCGCUCAAAGGGACCCAAUUCUGUAUUGUGUUUUAAUAAAUAUUUUAUUUUAUCCUUUUACCUUGUUUAUGUGUUGAUUUUUAUGUUUCUAAGUUUGAGCUAAGAGAAAAGGCGGAAUUCAUAUUUUUAGGCUAUUGCCAAGUAUUUUCUUGAUUCUCUAUUUUCCAAGAGAUUGUUUGCCAGAGGACGUCCGUAACUUUCAUUUAUAGACACGACGGCAACUCCAAACUAACAUGGCAGUCAGACUGUGCGAUGUGGCUUCUCUGCUUAGAAGUGGCUCGUGGGCUGCCGAGCCUUGGACCGGGCAGGUGAUUGCCGCCAUGGAAACACAGCUGUCCAAUGGGCCAACUUGCAACAACACGAGCAAUGGCCCCUCCACAAUCUCGAACAACUGCUCCUCUCCUGUAGAGUCAGGGAGCUUAGAGGACAGUAAAACUAACUUGAUAGUCAACUAUCUGCCUCAGAACAUGACCCAAGAAGAGCUGAAGAGUUUGUUUGGGAGCAUCGGGGAGAUUGAGUCCUGCAAACUAGUGCGCGAUAAAAUAACAGGGCAGAGCCUAGGUUAUGGAUUUGUGAAUUAUGUGGACCCGAAAGAUGCAGAAAAAGCCAUCAACACCUUAAACGGCCUGAGACUUCAGACCAAAACUAUUAAGGUAUCCUACGCUCGGCCCAGCUCGGCCUCCAUCAGAGAUGCUAAUCUGUACGUCAGUGGCUUGCCAAAAACCAUGACUCAGAAGGAGCUGGAGCAGCUCUUCUCUCAGUACGGACGCAUCAUUACCUCGCGCAUUCUGGUGGACCAGGUGACCGGAGUUUCCCGAGGGGUGGGGUUCAUCCGCUUCGACCGGCGAAUCGAAGCCGAGGAGGCCAUCAAGGGCCUGAACGGCCAGAAGCCCCCCGGUGCCACCGAGCCCAUCACAGUGAAGUUCGCCAACAACCCGAGUCAGAAGACCAGCCAGGCACUGCUCUCCCAGCUCUACCAGUCGCCCAAUCGAAGGUACCCUGGACCCCUCGCACAGCAGGCACAGCGUUUCAGGUUGGACAAUCUGCUGAAUAUGGCUUAUGGAGUGAAAAGCAGGUUCUCCCCCAUGGCUAUCGACGGGGUGACCAGCCUGGCUGGCAUCAACAUCCCGGGGCACGCCGGCACUGGCUGGUGCAUCUUCGUCUACAACCUGGCUCCAGACGCCGACGAAAGCAUCCUGUGGCAGAUGUUUGGGCCAUUUGGCGCCGUCACAAAUGUCAAGGUCAUCCGCGACUUCAACACAAACAAGUGCAAAGGGUUCGGAUUUGUCACCAUGACUAACUACGACGAGGCAGCCAUGGCCAUCGCCAGCUUGAACGGAUACCGCCUCGGAGACAGAGUUCUGCAAGUCUCGUUCAAAACCAACAAAACGCACAAAGCCUAAUACCCACUCAGAUUGUUUAUAGAAAACUCUACAGAAAAAUGGAAACCUACCGACCGUAAACUUUCUACAUUAGUAAAAACAUCUUUGUAAAUCAGUGUUACGAAGGGAAACGAUAUUUAGCGUCCAACAAUGUGAUUUUCAACUUUUUUUUUCUUCAUUGCUAGGCUUUCAAACUUCUAACACUACUUUAUGUUGAACCAGAAAAAAAAAUACUGCAGGUUUUCACACCUGUGAUGUUGCAUUCUCUUGCUGUCUUUACAGAUGGACCUUUUAAAAAUGUUACUGAUAGGUUUUUGUCGUUUUGUUGCACAUCUGCUUUGAAACAGUAAGUCUUGUAAGGCUUUGUGUAGUGAUUUACUUUGUAUUUUUCUGUGUUCUGAUUUGCCUUAGGUGCGUUUGCGUCUUAAGUGGUUUAACGAAGUGUUUAUUUGAAAAUAAUUUGCAGUUUUGUAAGUAUUUUGUUUAUCGUAUUAAUAUGAGUUGGUUAUUGGUUGGCUGCAUAAUGUUGCUUAUUGUAAAAUUAAUGGCGAAAAAGACAAAAAAAAUUCUUAAAGCAGUACCUUGCCAAAGAGCUAAGAACCUCUUUGAUGUGGGUUUAAAAAGCAUCUAUUUUUAUAAAAAGAGAAAUUUGGAGAAACUUUUUACUGGACCUGGAACAAAUAUUUUGACUUGGAUACUUUGACAAAUAUCUUCAUAUGACACCUUGUGAGCUUUUGAACUUUACCAGAAAGUUUGCAGUGGUUGAAAUUUCUGGAGAGAUUUAUGAUGUAAAAGAUACCUUUUGAGAUCUUUGUAUUAUCUUUAGAUUCUAGAAUCAAUGGCAGUGCUGGUUUCAUUUGUAAAAUCAUCUGUGGGUUGUCCUUACAUCCUGGUUGUUAUAUGACUAGCAACUCACAUUCAGAUUUGAUUUGGAAACAGACAGAAAAAUACAAAGGUUUAUUCGCAAAAGUGCAUGCAAAAUUAUAACAUGGAAAUAUCUUAAAGGUAAAGGGGGGAUAAAAAUCAGUUCUUCCUAAACGAUUCCCUUCAGACAGAGCUCAUGGUGUUUUGUGGUGUACUUAUACUAUAUCAUUAAAGACUGGUUUUGUCUUGAUCAAACCAAUAAGGGUUGUACCUGCUUUGUAUGAUAGGGAGGAAGACUAGCUGAGAAUGGCUGCAGCUAUGAAAAGUAGUUUGAAUGAAGAAUGGGAAGGAUUACUCCUGAGCUAUGUAAAUAAGUCCUUUUUUAUGUUGAGUAUUUGCCUAACUUAAUUGAGUUUUUUUGGACUUUAUUGCAAAAGUGCUUUUUUUUUUCUUUUUUUAAGAGUACGUAUAGUAUGAUUUAGAUUUUUGGAUAUUGCCUUUUGUUUCAGUUUUGCUGAAAGUUGUUUAUAUUCAGUUGAAAAACUUGAUUUGUUGUCCUAUGGACUACAUUCGUCCUAUGGAGUUGUUGGUUUUCUGGUCUGUAGUCUUGCUUUGGAUAUAAAAAAAACUA